UUGCACUCUGCUCCACUACCCCAAGCCCCCAGGGUGGUUUGUCCCAUUAAAUAUCACCCCAGUAAACUUGGUUACCUUUUAUUCAGUCCUGUGUGUUAUGCAUUUGGGUCCUGUGUUAUUUGCAGACCAUAUCUAACAAAACAAAACAAAAAAACGGUCUAAGUGUUCAUACUCAUAUAGGUACUGCAGAUAAAUUAUUUCUACCAGGUUGAGUUUACAAUAAAAGUAUGUUUCUCACAUGACAACGCAAGAACAACCACGAGUCCUGGCAUCAGCAUCGCUAUUCUUCUGAUAUCUGUGAGGAAGAAGGUAAUGACUUACUUUGAUAUUGUUCUUCUAUUUACUCAGACAUUUUUAUUUCAGCCGUUGCUGAGUUGUGGGGGACCGAGCUUAAGAGAACCUUCCAUCUUGGUUAAAACUCCAUGUGAGGAAAAGAGCAGACUACCAUGAAGAGGAGGGUGAGCUACUUUUCUGUGGCCCACCCUAUAUAAGAGGUGGAGUAUCAGCGGACUCAGAUAUCACAUCUCACUGCCAGCAAUGGAGACAUCUUCAGUUCUACUUGUGUGCAUCCUGGUGACAUGUUCAGUCUGGACAGUUCACGGGAGAACCUUUGAGGUCAGCAUUGAUGAUCAGAAGCAAGUGGACGUGGAAAUCUCUGUGGAGGCUGGCAAGCGUCCAGGUUUGUGCUGGGCCUGUAAGUGGGCUUUAAACAAGGUGAAGGCAGUGAUCGGACCAAACACCACCACGGAGAACAUAACAACAAAGUUGAAGUCCAUCUGCGACCAACUUGGCUUUUUAAAAUCAAAAACAAAGUUGAAGUCCAUCUGCGACCAAAUUGGCUUAUUAAAAUCUAUGUGCCGCAAAUUUGUGACAAAGCACCUGCAAGAACUGAUCGAGGAACUCACCACCACCGAUGAUGUGAGGACGAUCUGCGUCAACACCAGAGCCUGCAAGUGAGUUACCAGCCCGCCAUUAUAUUAUUCAACCCACAUGUACAAAGGUUUCACUGCCCAUUUACCAGUUUAUUAAAUGAGCCCUGAUGCAGACCUCCAGGAAGGCUGCACAGUGGUGGAAAAUACAGACAGUACAUUAACUCAAGAACUGUACAGUAGGACAAUUUUGUUGUAGUUUUAUUUUACUUUACCAUUUCCAUUUCCUGCUACUUUUUGUCUUCUGUCCACAUUUCAUUGGAAAUGAACUACAGUAUUUCAGUGGAC